UUAUCUUAUUAUUAUUAUUACUAUUUAUCAAAGCUUUCAUUUUCUCUAUAAAUUCCUUCUCCCAGCGAAGCCCCCUCCCUCGAAACUCUGGUUUUUGCUUCACCUUUUUAAAGCAUCAAUUUUCUCCAACUCCUUUUACUUCAUUUUUUGAAGCUAUAAUAUGGAUUCUCCUUUCAAUUGCCUCUUGUUUGAUUUGGAUGAUACGCUUUACCUUUCCAACACUGGAAUUGCUCAAGCUGUCAAGAAAAACAUCGAUGAUUUUCUAAUUGAGAAAUGUGGAUUUCCGGCGACCAAAGCUUCUAGUCUCAGAGUCGAACUCUUCAAAACUUACGGCAGCACUCUCGCCGGUUUGCGAGCGUUAGGCUACGACAUCGAUGCCGAUGAUUAUCACGGUUUCGUCCACGGAAGAUUGCCAUACGAUGUGAUCAAGACAGAUCCUCAGCUACGUAAUCUCUUGCGUAGCAUCAGCCAAAGGAAAAUCAUUUUUACGAAUUCGGACAGGGUUCAUGCGAUUAAGAUUCUGAAAAGACUAGGAUUAGAAGAUUGUUUCGACCAAAUCAUUUGUUUUGAGACACUGAAUCCUAAUUUGCCAAAAUCAACGCGUCCUGAUGAAUUCCCUGUCGUUUUGAAACCGUCUAUAGAUGCCGUGAAAAUUGCUCUCGAUGUCUCCCAUGUUGAUCCUCGUCUCACGUUGUUUUUCGACGACAAUGUUUGGAAUAUUGCCGCAGGAAAGGCUUUGGGCCUUCGUACUUGUCUGGUCGGAAAGAGUGUUAAGACAAAGGAAGCUGAUUAUGCAAUAGAGGCGGUCAACAACUUAGCAGAAGUAAUACCAGAAAUCUGGGUCAAUGGAACGGACGGUGGUGAUGCGAGGAUCAGCAGAAGCAGGAGCCAAUUGGAAGCUGCUCGGGCAACAACAUCUGUUGGAGCUAGAUCAAUUCAAAUGUGUACCAAAAGGAUGUUGGGUUCGGACUUAAGGCCCCAUUAUGUACAUAACAUCAUAAUCUUGUAAGUCAUGUGGAUAAUAUUAAAUGUGUAUCAAAAAGGGAUUAUCCCAUAAAUAAAUAAUAAAGCAUGCUUUUUCAAUUUCAAUUGCAAA